CUAUAAAACCCACCACCUUCCUAUCAAAACACCCUUAUCCCACCCACUUACAACCUUACCCAUAACAACAAUGUCUUCUUCAUCUACAUUUUCCCUUCAUCUUCUCUCUGCUGCAACUUCCUUGUCUUCCAUCUCCAAAACCCCUUCCCUCUGCAUCUUCCCGUCCACCAUUAACAAUCUUCCUAAGCUUUGCUCCAUACCCACUUCAACUAACCUCUUUAAACCCUCCCGAUUGGUCCCACAUCUAUCCGUUGCGGCAUCUUUCGAGUUGUACGAGGAUGAAGAACACCAGCAGCCUAGUUAUUCACCUGACCUUAAACUUUACGUGGGUAACUUGCCUUGGAAUGUUGAUAGUGCGGCUCUUGCUCAGUUGUUUCAACGAGCUGGGAAUGUUGAGAUGGUUGAGGUUGUUUAUGACAAAGGCAGUGGAAGAAGCAGGGGUUUCGGCUUUGUAACCAUGUCGACCGUCGAAGAAGUUGAGGCGGCUACACGACAGUUCAAUGGUUAUGAACUUGACGGGAGGCAAUUGAGGGUGAACUCCGGGCCACCACCAAGCAAAGGAGACUCUUUCUCUAGAGGGCAAAGAGACGGUGGUCGUGGCGGCUACAACAACAGUGGUGGAGGUGGUGGAGGGAGAAGUUAUGACAGCACAAAUAAGGUUUAUGUUGGAAACCUUGCAUGGAGUGUGGACAAUCUGGCUCUUGAAACCUUGUUUCAAGAGCAAGGAAAUGUUAUGGAAGCUCGGGUGGUUUAUGACAGGGAUAGCGGUCGGUCAAAGGGUUUUGGUUUCGUGACGUAUGGUUCGAUGGAUGAGGUUAAUAAAGCUAUUGAUUCAAUGGAUGGCCUUAAUGUUGAUGGUAGAAGUAUCAGAGUUAGUCUUGCUGAAGCUCGGCAACAACCUCAAUUUUGAACAAUCUUUGGCUAGAUUUCUCGGCUCUAAGCUAGGGUAGAUGUUGCAACGAUUUUGAUUUUGUUUUGUUUGAAUUGAUGCAGAGCGAAAUACAGAAUGCUUUCGAGGAAAAUAUGAUAUAAUAUCUAAUGAUUAAACUA